AUGCUUCGUCUGAAAUUUUUCACUCCCAGCCCGAUUGGGCUGACGAAAUGUGUGAGGUUAUACUCCAGCGUCUCAAAAGUGAUACCGAGAGAAUUAAAACCCUACCAUGACAGAUUGAGCUCUCUGAAUGACUCAGGAGAAGCAAGAGAUGUUGUCGAGGCUUCAGAGACAGACAGUGAGCUGAAUGAGGACUUCAAAUCCCAGCUGUAUAACCAGGUGAUACGGCAGUUCGCACGAAGUGACUACUCGGUGGUGAACGAAUUUUCCGGAAAACUUACAAAGUUAGGCAAGCAUUUAGAACCUGGCGCAUUGAUAGAAGCAAUAAAGUAUAACCCAGGGAGAGUGAAUACCAGCUGGGAGAUAUAUGAGAAGUUUGCACCAAAUGCUGCUCUGGAGGCCUCACCGGUGCUUGCACAGAUCUUAUACCUGGAGGUACUUGAGAAGCUGUGUCUCGGGGAACUGAUAGAUAUUGAGGAGGGCUAUGAGAUGGAUGAAAAGUCUUUGGGAAAGGCAUUCCAGCUGGUUGGCAAAUUGGUUGCUCCAGUUCCUGAGUCUCUCCGCAAAGUUCUGGUAGAGGCUUGUAUCAAACUGGAUCUCGUGCCCAUGAUCGCACUUUUGGAGGUUCAAGAUGCACAUUUAGAAGACUUGAUUCUUACUCUUGAAAAUGAGGAGGAGAAAAUUCUACAACUGUGGAAGCUUGUGAAUGAGUCUUCUGCCAAUGUCCAGGUUUUCAAGACCGUCAUACCCGUGAUUGCGAGGAACAUCAAGGAAGAGUCCGGAAAGCAAGAAAAGCUGCAAAAAUUCAUAAAAAAUGCACAGAUUUCCGAAGACUCUGCACUCAAGACUCUUUUGGACCUAAAAGCUUCCAAGUUGCUGGAAAAUACGCUAAAAAGACUCCAGGAUCUAAAGGCUGACUCUGGGGCUCAUGAUGAUGCUCUUGGCGUAAGACUUCUGCUACUGAAGUCGAUUGGCAUUUAUUCAGAAGAUUUAAAGAAAACUUUGGAAUUGUUCCACAAGUACCAGAGUGUUGAAAAAUACAAGCGUGAGGAUUUGCAGAAAUCAAUGGCGGUUAUCCUGGCUUACCAUUCGGUGCUCAGUGGUAAUCAGAUACUUCUGCAGGUGAGUGAAUCGAUGAUCCCACAAACUCCCAUCCCGGCUGAGUGCACUGCCGCUCUUAUCCUGGCAAAUGGAGCUCUUGGAAAUCCAGAAAAUUCGCUUGAUAUUUAUAAUGCCAAUAUCCAGAACGUUUCAAAAGAUAAUCUGAAUCAGCUUGAAAUUUCAGAUUCGGCCCUUCUCACUGAAAGUUUGAUUGCGGUGUAUCUGGGACAGCAGGAUCGGGAUUUUGCUGAGCUCAUCAGAAAUGGAGCCACGAGCUCGGGACUCAUCUCUAGAGAUACCGGAGUAACCAGAGUCAAGGCCAUGUUCAAGAACUAUGGGGAUCUGGUUGAAGAGGCCGAUACCGAGUCUCGGCUGAAUGCAAUGCUCAUCGGCAGAAUAAAAGAUUUGGCGUAG